CGUUUGUGUUUAAGAUGGUAUCAAACAUCUGCACCAGACUGCUAAAGAAAGAGUGGAGGCUUUAUGAACUCGAUCGAGUUCCUCACCUUGAGGGAAUUUAUAUCAUCGGAAUAACCGGAAGAGAUAAAUCGGAUUCCUAUGAGGAAACAAACGUUUUGUACGUUGGUCGUACAAAUGACGUCCACAGACGGCUAGGGGAGCACACCAGACAAAACCUUAAGAUCGACGAGUUUGUGAAGAAUCAAUUUGAGAAGAACAAGGGGAGAGACUUACGAGUUAAGUGGAUCGAAGAAAAAAAUGAUGACCAUACUGAAAAGGAAUACAUAGACUGUAUUGCCAAGAAACUCGGGUAUUCGCCUGAAUAUAACAUUAGGCGGUAA